GUCUCCGAAGUACAGGAAUGGCUACAGUCUCAACCGGGUGACCCAAAUUCUCAUAUACCACUUCGAGCUGCCUUAGACUCCCUCCAGCGAUAUAAAGCUCUUCAACGUGAGAGCGAGCGUGAUAAAGCAGAAUGUCGUCAUCUUCGCGACCAGCUUCGCAACAGCACACUGACCACAGACCAAGGCUCCAGAACAUCUCGUGCUGUGGAAGACAGUCUCCUUGCUAAGAUCGAGGAAAUAGAGACUGAACGUGCCCUGUGAGCUGCUCCUCAUAAGCAAUGAAUAUUUUCUAAAUGAUUUCUUCGUAGAGAGGUGAUCGUUUGGUUCAAUGGCGUUUAUGUUGAACUUAACUUGAAUACACAUAGAUGUCGCAAUUGCGAUCCCAGUUGCAAAACCUUCGCAAUCCUCGACCUCAAUACCUUCGCAAUCCUCGACCUCAAUACCUCGUCAUCAAUACUAAUCCCUGCCCCCCUCAGCUGAAUUCUUUACCUUGCACAAUGGCUUUAGAUACCCACAGGCGAAUGGGACAUCUUGAUUCUCUGCACCAUCAUUGGCGGACACCCUGGACUUUAGUUGUCUCUUCGUUAAUUAUUUUCUGCAGUAUCAUCGUGCUUUCAAUCUCAGCCUGGCUCACAUCGCGUUUUACUGCCUACCAUAACUACUUCAGUCUAGCUGAACGAGACCGCACUCGUUUUCUAUUGUUUACUUCAGCAUGGACGAUCGUAUUCUCCAGUCUCUACAUGAUUUUAUCCUUUUGUCUUCCAGGCAGUGUUUUGGGUAGCGUCCUGUUUUUAACAUGGCUCUUCUGGACCGCCGGCGCUACAAGUAUGACUACAGCUCUCAGUGGAGAGCUGGAUCGCAAGACCCAGGGCAAUUUCGUAUAUCCUGUUCAACUUAACGCGCUAGAAGGCUUUGCUUGGGUCACUGAGGCUCUUGUAACUUUCGCAUUACUAGCUGCGCUCAUCCGUAGCAUUCUCGCGGCCCGCCGUCGUGGAAUGCGUAGACCACUAGCUGCUUAAGCGGGCUGUUAUCCUCCACUUCUUUUUCCUCGAUCUACGUCAUAUAUUGCAGUUGUGAUGACAAUGCAUGACUAGCAUUGCACAUA